UUUCAGAAGGCGAAGAUUCAUCAGCAGCUUUACUAUUUUUUGACAAUGACAUCGCUCAACCCCAAACCGAUUCACAAAUUCCAUAUCGAUCAAAACUUUAGCGGCUUAACUGAAGGUUGAGAGGACGCAUCACGGGUCUUGGACACAAAAACAGUCAAAAUGUCUCUUGCCAAAGUCAAGCAUAUCGUCCUGGUCCUUUCAGGUAAAGGAGGUGUUGGGAAAUCAUCUGUCACAACUCAGCUUGCUCUUUCUCUUUCGCUUGCGGGCCAUUCGGUUGGAGUGCUGGACGUAGACCUCACAGGCCCCUCGAUUCCGCGCAUGUUCGGCAUCGAAGAUGCCAAAGUAACACAAGCGCCUGGUGGCUGGUUGCCUAUUACCGUUCACGAAGCUGACCCAUCUGCCGGCGUCGGAUCCCUUCGCGUCAUGAGCCUCGGUUUCCUUCUUCCCAAGCGGGGUGACGCCGUUGUCUGGCGUGGACCAAAGAAGACCGCCAUGGUUCGCCAAUUCUUGUCCGACGUGUUCUGGGACGAGACCGACUAUCUCCUCAUCGACACGCCUCCCGGUACCAGCGACGAGCACAUUUCCUUGGCAGAGAAUCUGCUGCAAAAGGCACGACCAGGCCAACUUGCUGGAGCCGUUGUGGUCACCACCCCUCAGGCCGUAGCAACUGCAGACGUCAGGAAGGAGCUCAACUUUUGCACCAAAACCAAUAUUCGAGUCCUCGGUGUCGUGGAGAACAUGUGUGGCUUUGUUUGUCCCAACUGCAGCGAGUGCACAAACAUUUUCAUGAGUGGUGGCGGAGAGGUCAUGGCGAAUGACUUUGGCGUUCGUUUCCUUGGCCGUGUCCCGAUCGACCCUCAGUUUCUCGUUCUCAUCGAGACAGGCAAGAGACCAACGUACCCAGCAGGCACCACGGUCGACGGGAAAGAUAUUUCGACUCCUGCUGGAGCUAGCACAAGUGAAGAGGAGGAGGUCAAAGAUGGCUCGCGUUUGGUGCACAAGUACAAGGAUUGCUCCCUUGCACCUAUCUUCAGCAAAAUCACAGCCGAUGUGAUAUCUGCUGUACAACAAUGAAUGGGAUCUCUUCUCGGCCAAGGAGAACGACCAAAAGCUGAAUUCUCUUUCAAAGACUUCCUCUCAUCACCCUCCAUCCAGGCUGGAUCCUCUCCCGGUACCGAUUCGCCGGACGAACGACUUGGUUUUGGCAGGAGCUCCAUCAUUGAUGCAUGCAUGUAUGCAGGUCCAAAUUUGGGUUUGCGCAACACAAGCAUGCGCAACUACAAGCGACUGCCGCGACCUGAUGGACCAAGUGCGGGUGCCGUGGGAAAGAGGGCCCAAAACCAACUUACGUUGCCCGAAUUGGCACUUUUUUUUAAACAAUCAUUGCAGAAGCGAGACCACCACAGGGAUAUUUCUCGUCAGCAGCUGAGACCUCCUUCAUCAAAACCAAUGUAACAACAUCCUUGCUGUCUCGGCUUCGGGAUGAAGACAAAGGCGCAGAGGGUCAGGGUCCUUACUACACCCUUAUUUUCCGCCUUUUCCGCCUACGGACCUUCUGCGGCGCUUUGAGGAUAUGGAUUGUGGAUAAGGGAUCAUGGCUUCAUAUUGGUUGAUUUGAAGCCCAAAACAGUAGUCCUGAUAAUGAACAGCUCGCUGGGAUAAGCUGGUCACAAGCUGUUACAAGACGUCAACAUCUUAAUCAAUGGACUAUUUUAGAGAUGAAAUGAUGCACUGUACCGUCCUGGUCGAUGGUGGUCCUGGAACUCAACAAAUCCAUGCGAAUCGAGCAGGCUGACGGCUAUGAAUUUGGUGGAUUUC